AUGUUCACUUGUAUGGGGAAUGGUGAUUGUCCUGUUAACAAAGGAGUGCGAUGCGCUUGCCGUCACUGCCGUCUCAAAAAGUGUCUCCUUGUUGGAAUGGAUAAGAAAUCCAUUCAAAACGACCGAGAUCGCAUUGGAUAUACCAAAAGGACUCGCAAAAGUGAUAAACAUCCGUCUGAUGCGGUAAAUGACAGCCAGGAGUGA